AUGCUCUCUGUAACUUGUCAGUGCAGCGGCAGAUUCAAAAACCACAAUAAAAUUCAUGGUCACGAAUGUCAACGAGCAUUUUACGAACAACAGGUGAACGCGCGUUCGAUCACAUUGAAUUUGACUUGGUACUCAGAAUUGAAUCAGGGUGCGGGUCCAACAUUAGCGACAGAAAAGCGUCCUAUUCCACCUGCGGAAGCCACAGCCCAGAAAAUACUGUGUCCUUGUGGACAGAGCUUCAAGAACGAGAAGAAGCUAGGAAAUCAUUUGCGGUAUUCGAAGACUCAUCAGGCAGAAAAAUUGGGAUCUGGGUCAACUCCCAAAAGCACUACGCCGGACUCGGUGCCAUUCACGGUUUCACAUUCACCUUCGACUACGAUUUCUCCAGCUUUAUGGCCAGUAUCAACCACUAUCCUAUCUUCACCUGAAAAAGUCUCUCAGGUACACAAGCGCGACUGUUUAUAUUAUAGGCGUCAAGCCGAUAAGUCUCUUACUCGAAGCCAACAACAAAAUGACUCCUUGGUCUCUUCCUUUGCAUCUCUAAGAUUGGACCCUGUGUUGGCGCAGGCUCAGCCUUUAGUAGCUAGUUUUGCCUGUAUUUGCGGUUCUACAUUUACCGGUCAGAAAGCCCUCGAAAAGCACAAAGUGGAAAAGAGACAGCUUGCAUGGCCGGAAAAAGGCGAGAAGAGAAAAGAUGUAUUUAAGACACCUCGGCCGCAGUAUCAUGAGGAUGAGUACUUACGAGAUAUGUGUGAGGCACUUGCACGGCAGAGUUAUGGUGGAGGAUAG